AUGCUGUCGUCACUAUCAGCUGCAGUGCAUAUACGUGAAGACGGACUGGUAUUAUUUGUUACCAUCCUUGCUGGAUACCCACUGGCAGCAAUUCAUCGGUCAAUAUUUUAUAAUAAGUCACCUGUUGUACAACAUGUUUACUUUGUAGUUGCUGGUGUGUCGCUUUAUCUGUUUAACUAUGGUUUUGCAGUACUUCACAGCAUUCUAAGUAUAUUGUUAGCAUACGGGAUUGUCACAUAUUUUCCAGGCCAGAAAGUUUCUAUUCUUUUGGCUCAUAUUGCAUUUUUGGGACAUUUGUUAAUUGGCUAUAGUUAUUCGGAAACAGAUAAUUAUGAUAUCAACUGGACAACAUCGUUUUGUAUGAUGACUUUACGUUUCAUUGGUCUUGUUAUGGAUGUUUAUGAUGGGCACAAACCAGUGAGUGAAUUGGAAACAUAUCAAAAGCAAACAGCAAUAAGAAGACCACCCAAUCUUUUAGAAAUUGCGGCUUUUGGAUAUUUUUUCUGCGGUACCUUUACUGGACCAUUUUUCUCCCUUUCUCGAUUCCGAUCAUUUGUUGCUGGUGAAUUUCUUGACAGCAACAAAGAAGUGCGUGCAUCAGGGUUUAUGCCGAGCUUGGGACGUUUUGUAGCAGCUUGUUUUUACGUGAUUAUACAUCAUUGGGGAACUUUAUGGAUACCAAAUGAAUAUUUCAACUCUCCCCAAUUCUUUGCACUUUCAUUUCCAUGGAAAGUAAUUUGGGUUGUAUUAUGGUUUCGACUUACUAUGUGCCGAUAUGUUUCUGUUUGGCUUUUUACAGAAGGAGCAGCAAUAUUGGCAGGUAUUGCUUAUAAUGGAAAAGAUUCAAAAGGUAACGAUCGUUGGGAUGGCGUUCGUGAUAUCCAUAUAAUAAGAUGGGAAUUUGGUUUGGAUUUUCAGAGUGUUAUUGAUAGCUUCAAUGUCGGCACAAAUACUUUUGCAAAAAACUAUUUAUAUCGACGACUACAGUGGCUGGGUAGUCAAACCCAUAGUCAUUUAAUAACGCUUAUUUACCUCGCGAUUUGGCAUGGUUAUCAUCUUGGUUAUUUUAUCCUUUUUUUCCUGGAAUUUGCAUGUGUUUUGGCACAAAAGCAAUUUUAUUUAUUGCUGAGUAAAUCACCGAAGUUAUCACACUACUUAGCACAACCAUAUAUGCUACCACUGAAAUUUAUUUUUGGUCGUAUUGUGAUCAAUGUUUCGAUGGGUGUCGGCUUUCUAACAUUUGGUCUUAUUAAAACACGAUACUGGAUAAGGCCACUUCUUUCUCUAUAUUGUUUCACGCAUAUAUUUUUCAUAUUCAUAUGGCCAGUCUUUUAUCGAUAUUUACUCACAAUAAGAUAA